AUGGGCUGUGAUGCUUCUCACGCUUUAAGGAUCAGUAUCGCUUCCGUGAAAUUAUCCCCCCCACCGCCCAGUGAUCCCCUAACAGAGCAGGGUGAUUGGGAGGACUCCAGCGAUGGGAUCGGUGGGGCCUGGAAGGAAGACGAUCAAUAUGGCUUCGCUGUAGCUGCUAACAGUGAUGAGGUACGACAGGCACAUUUCGGCCCAACGUGGUCUCGAUUCACCACUGUUGGACGACUCGCUUUGAAGAAGAUGAAGGAAAAUAACAGCAAUGGUGACGAUCCGAAUGUGCCGGGGAAGGUACAUUACCCCACCGUUGAAGAGAUGCACGCGCGGGAGCUGAACACGAAGCGCAAACUUAUGGAAAACAAUUUUGAAAGCUAUGAAGAGUACUUAGCUGCCACAUAUGGCGGUGAUCAUAGCAAGGAGGAUUGCACUGGAGAGGUGCCCUUACACGAGAAGGAAACAUCACCAACAGGCGGCAAUGGUGAUGUUGGACUGCACACUGAGGCCGAGAUGGAGCGAGCCUUUUCGGUUGUGGAUGGCGUUGAUGGUCUGGAUCGUAUGGCGCAGCGGAACCUCGCGCGUGAGGAAUUGGUGAAUCUCGAGGCGACCGAGGAUACCGAGGCGGUGCCACUGCCGAACUUCAUGUUGAUCGACACCGAUGACCCGAAGGCUUUGGAGGCAGCUGAGGUAGAUUCUUUCCGUCCUCCCGUUCGCAGAGCAUCCGCUAACAGACGGGGCACCUGUGCGAGUGAUGGGUCGCCGGAUAUCCCUGGUUCUUUUCAAGAAGCUGUCAUCAGGGCGCUGCCGGGUGCGCACUCGGACCCCCGUCUUCCAACUGAGGAUCCCAUUCACUGGGGCACCGACGCGAUCCUUCUCUUCCUGGAGCUGUUUGAGCAGCUGUCGGAUGGCGAUACGACGGCGGCACGCGUGGCGACCGACGGAGAUAUGAUGAACACCUUUUGGAUGGCUAAAGUAGAUGGCAAGAUGUUGCUGAAUGACGUGACACCGCCCCGUUUGUUUCGUGUUAUGCGCCGUUGGCACGUGCAACGGAUGAAUAUCGUUCGGGCAGCCUUCCAAAGUCAUGAUGCUCCUAUUCCCGAGGUGGCUAACGCUGGGGGCGGUUCGCAUCCCUCGAACCCUGAGGGAUAUCGUUACGACGCCACCGGCGUUGAAUUGAGUGAGCGAACGAAGGAGGUUAUCGCGCGUCUCUGUCGCAAACUGGAGGAAGCGGUGCAGCCUCUAGAUUCUGAGAUGAUCCAGGAGACCAUAUUGUUGUGCUUUCCAUACGCCCGGUAG